UCAGGGAGGGAAAGGGAAGGGGUUUAGAGACAGACAGCAAGCAGAAUCAUCCAGCCCAAACAGUGUAACAGUAAAAGUCCUGAAGACAAACAGGGUCGAGAGUGAGAAGGCAGGAGCAGAAAUGGGACAGGGGCGGAAGGGUUCUUCUGACAAGAAGGAGGGCAAGAAGAAGAGAGAUGACGGCCCAGCACCCAAGGAUGGCGAUAAGUGCAGAGUUUGUCGUUUCCCUCUGCUUGUCGCCCUGCUGCAGCUGCUGCUGGGGGUCGCUGUCACAGCCGUGGCCUUCCUCAUGUUGGCCAUUAGUCCCUCUCUUACGGCCAGGGAGACGCCACACUGGGCUGGGAUCAUUCUGUGUCUAGUUUCCCUCCUGGGCUUCAUCCUGUACUGUAUCACCUACAAAGCCGAUGAGAAGACGUCUCUGCAGUUCAUUGUCAAGCUGCUGUACUUUAUCCUGUGCACCACCGGCCUGGUCAUUUCAGUGCUGGUAGUGGCUUUUGCUGGACACCACCACGCUCAGACCAGCAGUUUCCAGUGUGAGCAGGCCGGGGAGGACUGCGUGUGCAAACUGGAUCCAGAUGACGCAAUAGCUCGCACCUUCACCUACGAGGGGGUCAGCGACUGCGAGGUGGUCACCGGGACGCUCACGCUCUACUUCCUGGUCCAGAUCUUGCUGAACCUGGCCCAGGCGCUAGUCUGUGCAGUCGGGGCCUUCAUCAUGUGGAAGCACCGCUAUCAGGUCUUCUUUGCCGGCCUUCAGAUUGGCUCUCCCUCCAUCAAGCAGUGGCAAAAGGUUUAAUGCGAUGGUGGCAGAGCCGAUGAGAACAAUGACACCUACGUGACUUAAACUCCAAAGGACAGGGGCGUCGGCCCUUUUGGUCGAUCUGCGCCUUAGUGUGUUUUAUUUUUUAUUUUUGUCAGCUACAGACAGAUGACAAAUUCCAGGAAAAAUCAAUACGAAGUGUCUUAGUUAGACGUCGGUCUGCUGAUCGUCUCACUGUGGUGGCCAAAGGGUCAGUUUUUUCUUUUAAUUUCUCAUUUGUCUGUAUAUUCACAUUCUGUGGUGCUUGUAAUAUAACGGUUUUAUGCACUGAUUUUGUACACUAUAAAGUAACUUUGUACUUGAAGUUGGCAAACGUUGAAAACUUGAACAGCAGCAAGUGUUGACAUAUAAAUGGUCUAUUUUUGGUAAACAAAACCAGUUUGUUAUACUUUACAGGACUUUUUCCACAGUGUUUCUAACUAUCUUCAUAUUUGUUCCUGUGCAUGCACAUUGCAGUGGCAGGCCUGUACUGCUCAUUCGUUUUGCAACUCAUAAAUCAAAAUCCUCUCUACAUUUCUUCUUUUUAGUUUUAGGAUCUGAGAUUUACUGAUAAGGACGGGUCAGUUAUGAGAUGCUUUGGGUGUCAUACUGAAUGUGCUCAGGCUCUGAUUUGCAUAAUUAAAGGAGCCGUCUGUAAGAAAUGUCCAAAACUGGUACUGCAGUCACUUUCAAAAUAUUGUUGAGCGGCGUGUACCCUCCCCCUCCUCCCCCCGACCAGAGGUUGCCAGGUAGGCUGCAGAAUGCAGCAGGAACGUAGGCUGCCAUGGCAAGCGACGAGUCCUACACAGUAAGUUUAUUUUCUGUAUUUAAUGCUUUAUGAAAGAUCUUUUGCGAAGUAAUAAUGUAGUUUUUGGAAAGCUAGACAUUUUUUCAUCCAACACGUUCGUAGCAGCUGCUGCGAUAAUUAGAGCCGAGCUGGCAACCAGGAUGCCGAAACAAUACUGACUUGGUGAUUGGGAGAUAGGUGGAGGGUGGAGCUUCAGAAACAAUACUGACUUGGUGAUUGGGAGAUAGGUGGAGGGUGGAGCUUCAGAAACAAUACUGACUUGGUGAUUGGGAGAUAGGUGGAGGGUGGAGCUUCAGAAACAAUACUGACUUGGUGAUUGGGAGAUAGGUGGAGGGUGGAGCUUCAGGCCAAAACAAAAAAUGACAACAUAAACAUCAGUUGAGGGCUGCAACUCCUCUUUUUAAACUGGAAUAUCCUGGCUUGAGUGCUGUUGUCAGUGACAUAAGUAUUUGAAAUGAACAUGAUUUUUAAAUGUCUGUUGACAUAUCGGGGUCAUUUUAUGAUUCGUUUUAUUAUUGCUCUUACAUACAGCUCCUUUAAUGUUAAUGAUUUGAUCCUUGUGAUUUGUUCUGAUUUUGCUUCAGUCAUUUUAUUUUAUUUCUGUUUAAUUUUUGCAAAUCAUGGCUCUGCCUAAAUUUUAGAACUGCAAAUGUUCAAUGAUACAUCCUAAAACAAAUAUUCAACACCAUUUCAGAGAUAUUCUUUUUAAGCUUAACUUUAUUACAUGCUUAUUACUUUAUUAGUAUAUAAUUAUAAAAACACAUUAAAUUGAGUUUGUUUAUUCUGUGUUGUCUGCAGAUGAUGUUGUUUGAAACAACAAGCUAAAGAAAGCCCCAUUCAUGCAUUCAUGAAUAACCACUAUUUUCUCUCAUCUGCUUGAUUGUAUAAAAUCCUUAACGAUAAACAACAGCAAAGUCUUUUUCAGCCCCAGACAGUCCAGAUCACUAAAAACUAUUCACGUCAGUGGUAAUACAAUCUGGGCAAACUGAGCUCCAUGACACUGGGACUGAGCUCCAAGUUGCGAAGGUGGACACCCGGCAAGUAGCCAGUAUGACUCAAUGGGCCUGUAGGAGUCAAACUGCUGCAGCCACAGAGGGAGGACGGGGGGAGGGGAGGGGGACUCAGACAGGCAGCUGGAGAGGCGUAACUAAAUCAUUUCCUUAUGUUUGAGAUGAUUUAUGUUCAUUCAGACAGAAUGACGCAAAAAAGAAGAAACAACCACAAAAGAUUUUACUUUGUAUUUUAAAAAAAAUAGCUAAAGUUUUAAUUCAUUUUUACUUUCACCUCGUGAUGACAGCAGCUGCAAACAGGACAUAUGCGCUGAAAGGGGAAUGGCAAACAUGACGUUUCCAUGGCAAUGGGAUGCAGCAUGCACCCAGACAGAUAAAUAAACUAAAGGAAUGUUGGCUACAUUUUCACAAGGAUUUACGGGAAUAUUUCCUGGAGAUAAUUGUGAAAUGCAGUUUCCUCUUCACUUAGACAUAAAUGUGGCGUUUUGGAUGUUUCACGAGAAUAAAAGAUUCAUUUCCUC